AUGGCGAGCGUUCUCAAGCUCAAGGCCAUAGCGACGACGGCUCUCGACAAAGCCACAUUCGUCGCGACGGUCAUCGUCUCCCUCGUCCGUCUCUGUGCCAAGGCGUUCCGAUGGAGCCAGUAUCCCCCGGCCCUCACUCUUUCCCAGAGACACCAAGCUCCUCCAUAUUGUGCGGUAUGCCUGCACGACGUCGCCGCCGGUGAGCGCUACCGGAGGCUGUGGGGAUGCGGCCACUGCUUCCACGCCGAGUGCAUCGACGCGUGGCUCGGACGCCACGCCACAUGCCCUCUGUGCCGGAGCCACGUCGCUGGGGUCGGUCCUCCGCGUCGCGAGGGCAGAGAUGGGCGGAGCAGCGGCUUGAUCCUCGUUAUCCUCUCGUUCUCGCAGAGCAUCUUUGGGAAGGGAGUUGUGGUUCCGGGUGAGAAUUCUCGCUCGGCUCAAUUUGCCCCUGAAAUCAGCUUUGCUUCUGCAAACUACGUGACUGGUGAAAGGAGGUAA